UUUAAUUUGUAGUUUCACACUAUCCAACAAUCAAAUAAUCCAAGUCCAAAUCACUAAACUCUUAUUAUUGUGUACUAUUUGAUUUGUGUCAUGGCGUUGAGGUUGCAUUGCGUCCUAUUAUUAGUGUUGCUCUUAAUCGAAUAUGGGAAUUCACAAGAUAUAGAUUUGACAAAAGGGGCAUCAUUUAUUUUUGGAGAUUCCUUGGUUGAUGCUGGAAACAACAACUAUUUGCAAACAUUGUCCAAGGCCGAUAUCACACCCAAUGGUAUUGAUUUCAAGGCUUCUGGUGGGAAUCCGACGGGCCGCUACACCAACGGAAGGACCAUUGGGGAUAUCGUGGGGGAGGAGCUAGGGGAGCCUCGUUACGCACUGCCGUUUCUCGCCCCCAACACCACCGGAAGAGCUAUAUUGUACGGCGUCAAUUAUGCAUCCGGAGGUGGCGGAAUCUUGAAUGCUACCGGAAGUAUCUUUGUAAACAGGCUAUCGAUGGAAAUUCAAGUAGAUUACUUCACCAUCACAAGGAAGCAAAUUGAUAAACUGCUAGGGGCAUCAGAAGCAAGAGACUAUCUCCACAAAAAUUCAAUUUUCUCCAUCACAAUAGGGUCCAAUGAUUUCCUCAACAAUUAUCUCCUCCCCGUCGUCUCGAUGGGUGCAAGAAUAAAACAAAACCCCGAUGCCUUUGUGGACGACAUGAUCAAUCAUCUACGAACACAACUCACGAGACUUUACCGAUUAGACGCAAGGAAGUUCAUAGUAGGGAAUGUGGGGCCCAUCGGUUGCAUCCCGUAUCAAAGAACUAUCAACCAAUUGAAAGAGAAUGAAUGUGUCUCGUUGCCAAACAAGCUUGCGCAGCAAUAUAAUGCUAAGUUGAAGGAUCUUCUGCAACAACUAAAUGAGAAUCUUCCCGGGUCCACUUUUGUGUAUGCUAAUGUCUACGAUCUUGUGAUGGAACUCAUCACAAAUUACGCCAACUACGGAUUUGCAACAGCAAGCAAGGCUUGCUGCGGAGAUGGCGGGCAGUACGCCGGAGUAAUCCCAUGCGGGCCGACGUCGACCAUGUGCUCGGACAGGGACAAGCACGUGUUCUGGGACCCAUACCACCCCAGCGAGGCAGCUAACCUUCUCAUCGCCAAAGAGUUGCUCGACGGCGACCACAGAUAUAUCUCUCCAAUCAAUCUUCGCCAGCUUCGAGAUCUUUAAUUUUAUUUCCACUUUUUUUCAUUUUCAUUAUACACAACUCGGAAAUCUCAUAUGUAUUUGUUUCUACUUGAUUCUUGUUUUUUUUUUCCUUUAAACGUUUGUUAAAACUUAAUUGAUAUGUCCGAUUUUU